AUGGCUGCUUUUUUGCGAGGCAAGCAAGCUGGAAUUCAGAAUGACCUGUCUGCUGGCAUUCUUCCCGACGCUUUCGCACCAGACGACCAAGCUCGGUUUGGUAUUAACUCGCAGAUUGGAUCCUUAGCAUACGAUCCCGUACAAUCCCUCCUGGCAAUAGGAACAAACGAAACAACCUUUGGCAGCGGUCAGAUUUAUGUCUUUGGGCAACAGCGCGUCCAAGCCACAUUUACCCUACCCCGCCGAGCUUCUGUGAGAACCCUCCAGUUUGUCGCCGACCGCCUUGUUAGUCUGGACACAAAGAAUGAGGUUGUUAUAUGGGAUCUUUUGACCCAGAAGAAGAUAGCCAGCUAUGCUCCACCAGGAGUUGUGGCCGUGUUGGUAACGGAUCCUAUGCUCGACUGGGCCUUGAUCGGAUUACAAAGUGGGGAUAUCAUUGCUUAUGACCUUGAAGGGGAGAAGUUAGCUCCUUUACGACUACCCAACUUCUGGCGAGAGCGAAAUCCUAGAUCGCGGCUGCUACCCAUAGUAUCCAUGCAGCUGCAUCCGCGCGACAUUGGCCAGCUGCUCAUUGGAUAUACCGAGGGAGCCGUCAUCUAUUCCUUCAAGCUGAAUAAGCCGACCAAAUACUUCGAAUACGAGGUUCCCGUUGGAGCCCCGGGUGGAACCGCAGACCCGACGGCAGUAAAUACUGCACGGAAGCCACACCUGACGCAAGUCUUCUGGCACCCAACCGGGACUUUUGUAGGUAUAGCUUAUGAUGAUGAGAGUAUGGUAUUCUGGGAUCCUAAGGAUGGCCGUAUUGUGAUGUCAAGGACCUUGACAGAUACUCACGUUAAUGAGCCUGGAAAGCAGUUAAGUGGUUUUGGCAACACCCCUGGCACUCUUUCCGUGAAGGAGCCAUUUACCCGUAUUGCUUGGUGUGCAAAAGGAAAUCCAGAUGAUACUGGAAUCCUCAUUGCAGGUGGUUUUCCAACCACUUUGCCACAGAGAGGCCUAACAUUCCUCGAGCUAGGUGCAACUCCCGUUUAUGCAACCUCAUCAUGGCAGGUCCUAAGCGAUCAUUUCAAUGCUAAACGCCAGCAUUUACUUCCAACCCCUCCCGGUGCAGAAAUCGUUGAUUUCUGUCUUAUUCCUAGAAGCUCGCCGCAUUUCGCUGGAGCACAAGAUCCAAUUGCUGUUAUCGCUCUGCUUACUUCCGGGGAGCUCAUUACAUUAAGCUUUCCCAGUGGACACCCUAUCUCCCCAACAAACCAAUUGCAUCCUUCUAUCUCGUUCCUUCAUCCUUUCGUAACAUCACUUUCUGUCGCAAAUGUUGACCGAACUCGGUGGCUUGGUAUGGUAGAAAAUAGGCAACAAGGGCCACAACUUCUGAAAGGUGGAGCAGAAGGCAUCAGGCCCAUGAGAAGACACGAGGCUCGAAAUAUUGUGCAGAUGGCGCAUGGAGAUGGGACAGUCAGAAUUUGGGACGCCGGCCACGGCGAUGAAAUUGAGAAUACCAGGAUGCUACAGGUUGACAUCGCGAGAGCUUUGGAUAGAUUUGAAGAGAUCUUCAUUACGCGCGUGACUAUGGCUGGUACUACUGGGGAACUGGGAGUUGGGACAGCAACUGGUGAGGUUGUUAUUUAUCGGUGGGGUGGAAACAAGCUGUAUGGUCGAGAAUCACCACAGUCAGUUCAAACCGUGGCUGGUGGUCUCACGGACAUCUCCUCCCGAGCAGAACCUACGUUGAAAGAAGGUCUACAGCCAUUUGUGCUCUAUGACAUGGCACGGGGACCUAUUAGCACUGUCAAAAUGUCAGACGUUGGCUUUGUUGGAAUCGGUUCCGAAAAUGGAGUCUUUUCCAUCAUCGAUCUCCGAGGGCCAGCAGUCAUAUUCACCGCCUCUAUGAGCGAUUUCAUCAAACCUGAUAAGCGUGCCAGUUUCCUUAAGAAAGGCAGUAAUCAAGCUUCCGGAAAGCCAGACUGGCCGGUUGUCAUCGAAUUUGGUGUCAUGACACUCGAAGGAGAUAAUUACUCGAGUAUUGCUUGCUUUGUUGGCACAAACAUGGGCAAAGUUGCCACUUUCAAAAUCUUGCCACAAGCAGAUGGUCGUUACACAGCUCAAUAUGCCGGUGUGUCGGCCCUUAGUGAUACUAUUGUAUCAAUCACACCCAUAGUUGCAAACACUGGAAAGUUAGCACCAGCCACGGGAGAAAGUGUUGCCGCCCUUCGCACGGGUGUUCAGACUCAUGGUACACUCGUAGUUGUCUCUCAAUCGGAAGCUCGAAUUUUCAAGCCAGCUACAGCAAAGGGUGCUCACAAGUCUUUCGACGACUUCUUCUGUGAAUCAGCUUCCGUUGCUGAAACAAUCGAUCGUGGUUGUGCUCUUGUGGGUGUAUUUGGCGACGGUACAACGCGUGCCUACUCGAUCCCCGCGCUGAAAGAGAUCGGUGUGUCCAGACCAGGCAUGCUUGAUAAGACUAGAUUAUCAAGUUCACUCGUUACAUCUGCAGGCGAUAUCUUUGGAUGGACCGGUCCUUCAGAAGUCGCCAUGCUUAGUGUGUGGGGUACAGGUCAACCUUUGGCUCGCUCGCCAAACAAGUUAUUUAACCCGGAAGCUGUGAUCCCCUCUCGACCUACAAUCUCAAACUUGCAGUGGAUUUCAGGAACCCAGUAUAUCAGCCCGACCGACCUCGACUUGCUCAUCGGAGGCCCUGACAGACCACCUAGCAAACGUAUGCUGGCUGCUGCUGAAGAAGAAGAUCGCUUACGACGCUCUGGUGCUCUUUCGCCGACUCACGCUCCUGGCACGCAGUCAAGUGAGGGCUGGGGUGAUUAUAUGACUAGACAGCUAAAUGAGAGGACGGAGAAGUUGAACAUCAUGGGCGAUGGUAUGGACAGGAUGCAAGAAAACAGCUCUGGAUGGGCUGAGGAUGUAAGUAAAUAUGUUUCGAAGCAAAAGCGGAAUAUGGUCUUGGGAGCCAUUACUGGUAAAUAUCUUUAG